AUGACAAAAGGCACGUUAGAUUCUGCAAGCGCAGACGCAGGUGCAUCUACAACUGCAAAAAUUGAGUAUAAGACUUUGGGAAAAGCUCUGUACAACCUUGUGUCGUUUUUCGAAGGUUACGAUCAACAGGUCUUGUCCAUGUGUAUGAGGGCUUUCGAGUUGACAUUGGGUUUCUCUCAGUCUCAGUUGUCUACGUUGGCAACCGUGUCUACCAUGUCCCGCAUGGGUUGCUGCUUAAUUUGGGGCUUGCUAGCAGACACGCUUAACUCCAACUUGGUACUUGGAGCCGGUUUGUUAGUUAUGGGCAUGGCUUCGAUUGUGCUCAGCUCCGCGUCGCAGUAUAGAUCGGUGAGUUGCAAAUUCUAA